AUGUUUUCUGCAACCUUCGACCACAAUGUGACUGAGCAAAAGAAGGAGAAAGAUUCGCCCGAAAAGAAAAACAGCGCAAUGUCCAUGGAGCGACAGAAUGAAAAGGGCGAAGUGCAAAUUGUGUGUCCGUCCGUGUCAGACCUCUGCAGAGAGACACCCACCGAUGUACUUUGUCCAGUAACUGGUUGUGGUAAAAUAGUUAAAAAACCAGCAGCAUUAAGAAUGCAUCUGAUCAAGACUCACCAAGUUUACAAAAAUGCAGAUGAAAAGACUUUGUUCACAGCUUCUAAAGAUCAGAAGAAAAAUAUAACAAAACAUUAUUACUGUCCAAUUGAUGGUUGUUCUAGAUGCAUCGCAACUAAACGACCAUUCAUGAGGUUAAAUCAGGUAAAAUUGCACUAUAUAAAGAUGCAUGGUGUGAAGAAGCUGGAAUGUAAGAGGUGCAAGAAAAAGUUUGGCACUAAAUCAGACUUGAAUCGACACGAAAGGAACUGUGGUCAGAUUUUCAAGUGUACAUGUGGAUGCCCCUACACUACCAGAGAAGCUUUACAAGUCCAUGCAAAGCGACAAGGUCAUUUACUCCCUGCUGAGUUUAUUAGAGUUACUGCUAUGGUAACCCCUGCUAGACAACCUCCUACUACAAGUGCAAGGAAAUCGACAUCACCUAACAAACCUGCAAACAAGAAACAAGCACAUGAUGAAAAAAGUCAAGUCAAUCGUAAGUGCAACAAGCCAAUACAGAUACUUCCCAAACAAACUGUGCAAUUAGUCCCUCUAGUGAUCAUGCCCAUCCCAGUGUCAGCAUUACCAUUACAGACUGUACCAGCUGUAACCUUACCACAAGAAGAUAUUACUACAGCUAAUCCAGCUUCUGAUAAUUACAGCGCUAAAGUCAAAGCUAGUAAGAAAGAUCCACCACGAAAUAAUAUCAAAAAUACAGCUUCUGUGAAAAGAGUUGCAACAAUACAGUCAGGUGUAAAAAAGAAAAAGAAGGCGAUUGUGAAGGAGAAUUUCCAGAAUAGUGCAAUGAAUACUGAUGUGUUAGAUGAUGUACAUCAUAUUGAGACUCAAACACCGGGUGAUUUUAUCAUCAAGCAAGCUAUGAUGUCAGUGGAUACAGAUACACAAACAAAUCAGUCUCUUGCUUUGAGUGUUGAUGCUUAUACAUGUACUGGUAUGGUUGCCAGUAACAACGAUGUGAUGUGUAUGGAGACUCAAACAGGUCUGACAGCAAUACCCAUGGGUAGUGAAUUGAAUACUAAUGCAGUUAUUAGCACAGUACAGACAUUGGAUUUGGAACUACCACCAACUAUGAAUAGUGAAACGCAAACGCUUCAUAUGGUUGAUCAGCAAGGUGCAACAGAUUUCGACAUAUCAUCAUUCUUCCAGAAUCACAAUCACAAUAGUAGCCUGGAGCCGGAUGUGAUGGCAAGUGUAGCAAGUACACUAACCCAGACUGAUGCACUGAUGGAAAAUAAUUUUGGUGAACUGUCCAAUAGUCAAACGCAGUCUUUGAAAUUGCUUCAUGAUUUGAUGAGGGAUUGUGAGAAUACUGCAACACAGACGCAGAGUAGUUUUCAGAUAGAAAGCAGCGCAACACAAACCCAGGAAAGCUACCUCAAUGAAGUAUUGACAAAUGAUGUACAGAACUGUGAUGUACAAACACUGACUGAUGAACAGAUUUGUCAAUUUGCAAAUACAAAUAGCAUACAGACAGAAACAGUCGAGUUUGACAUUGAAAAGUUGAUAUCUGAUGGAGAUCAGUCUGUUGGUGUGGACUUCUCAUCAGAAGUUGAGGACGUUGAAUUCCUCAACUCGUACGCACAGACAAACAUGCCAUUUACAAAUGGGGCUGACUGCUUUACGCAGACGGGAAGUGACCUUUUUGAAUUCGUAAAUAUGCAAACACAGACAGGGACUACUGUAGAUGUAGACAGUAACACAAUAACACAGACAGACCCCAACAUAAUACUGGAUGACUUGAUUCUACCAGAUGACAGUAUGGAUAGACAAGUACAAGUCAACUUUAAUGCGCUUACUCAAUCCACCGAUAUUGAAACACAAACAAGCAUCGUCAAUCACCUAACAGAUGCAGUUGAAUUGAGUGACAUGCAAACACAGACGUUUCAAUGUAACCAUAAUGACUUCCCACUUAUGCCUAUCCAGUCAAGUAAUAUGGAAACACAAACACUAUUUACAGAUUUAGGAAUAUCCACUGAUGUACAGAACAGUUUGACCGAUUCACACACCCAGACUCAUUUCCGUGAUGUCAGAACCGUUUGACCGAUUGACAAACCCACUCUCACUUUCAUGACGUGUAUUUCAUUUUAUCGUUUGUUAUGACGUGGCUACAUCAUGCUUGUUUCACUCUCAUAAGUUCUUGAUAGAAUAGA